CUAAGUUUCCAAGUGAAUUGCUGCUUGGCUCGAGCUCUCGUUCCUUCUCUCCUCCGAGGAAUGAUGAGGUGAUUCGGAGCACCAACAAUGGGACCGAGCAUGUAUUGAUGCUUGCCACGCAGAACCUAAACUCCAAAGCAACCCUGGACCUUCAGAACGUGGAGGAGAAGUAACUCCAAAACGUCUCGCUGUUUCAAGGAUGUUCUUCCCAGAUGUGCCUCUCUCAGCCAUCAAUUACGCGCUUGUGUUGGGAAUAACGUGUCUGACGGUCUUCUGCAACUUCACCAAAAGUUCCUCUGAGUUUUCAGGUUACCUAUCCAAAGUGUUGAGGAACUACACCGAGCAGGCUUGUGACGGCGACUUCCUGUCGGUCCGCUGCCCGCCCCGCACCACCAUCACCGUCCAAUCGGCUUUCUACGGCAGGAAAGGCCCCUCCCACCCCCAGCAGUGCCCGUCCUACCAGAGAUACACCCUUGUAGGGACACACCCACUGGAGGAUGACACAUAUUGUUACAUGUCCACUGCACUACAGAAAAUGUUGGAUGAGUGCCAGGACAGGAGGAUCUGUCAGGUCCUUGUCAACAGUCGUCUCUUCGGGAUGGACCCGUGCCCCAGUAGCAGCAAAUACCUUAUUGUGUGGUACAAAUGCAUGCCUAAUGAGUAUAAGAGUACGGUGGUGUGUGAGGAGGAGAGGAUGAAGCUGAGCUGUAAACAGGGGAUGCAGAUCGCCGUCUACUCUGCCAUGUUUGGUCGAACCCAACAGGGGACCCUGGAGUGUCCUACCCACCACAGGGCACCCUCCGUAGACUGCCAGUCGGGCGUGGCUCUCCAAGUGCUGAUGGCCCGUUGUCAGGGGAAACGGAGCUGUUUGGUCCGGGCAUCCACGCGAGAGUUCGGGGACCCCUGCUACUCUGGCACCAGGAAAUACCUCAGUGUCAUCUACACCUGUGUCCCAAAGAAUUUGCUGCAGCAGGUGCCCAGCCCCAGAGUCCCAGUGUUUUACCCCCCACCGCCCCGUGCCCAUGACCCAAACGUGGUUGGAGACAGUGCUCCCCCUGAUGAGACGUCGGGCAUAACCUCUGACACUGUGCUCUCAGUUAUCCCUUCAGGCAAGAAGAAGCGAGGGAGAGAGUCAGGCUCCUACUCUGGGGAGGUGAAGACGAACGAGGAAGGAGUGGAGGAGAGCGCCCCCCAGCCUCCGGACAUGAACCCUGUAAUCAACUCUACUACGGGCGGCACCAACAUGGCCCUCAUCAGUAGCACACUGGCAGCCUUCAACUACAUAGCAGACCACCCAGAGCGUGCAGCUCUCUACUUCCUGUGUGGCGUGUGCCUGGGCCUCUUCUUUACCCUCUUUGCUCUGGUCGUCCAGAUCUCAUGCCGCACCGACUGCCAACCCCGCCGUCGCCCCGGCACCACCACCAAGAAGCGUCCGCGGCCCUCCGACUCCUCAUCCGACUCCAGAGACUCUGACUCGGACACCACGUCAGACCUGUCGGCCCGCCGCCACCGCCGUUUCGAGCGCACUCUCAACAUGAAUGUGUUCACAUCAGUGGAGGAGCUGGAGCGUGCUCAGCGGCUGGAGGAGAGGGAGAGGAUCAUACGAGAGAUCUGGAUGAACGGUCAGCCGGACAUACCCGGGACGCGCAGCCUCAACCGCUACUACUGAGGCAGGACCGUAAAGUAACCUCUACUAGAUCUAGAUGAACCCGGGACGCGCAGCCUCAACCGCUACUACUGAGGCAGGACCGUAAAGGAACCUCUACUAGAUCUAGAUGAACCCGGGACGCGCAGCCUCAACCGCUACUACUGAGGCAGGACCGUAAAGGAACCUCUACUAGAUCUAGAAAUGGGGGGGGGGGGGGGGGGGGGGCUGUGAAGGUUGGAGCGCAGUACUUGAGAUGGGAUGUGUAGGACCACAAAUGGACCUCUGGGUUUUGGGAAUGGGGCCCCAUGACCUGACGGGGACCUGCGAAGGUUUGGAACCCUCUGUCUGGGUAUCUCCCUCUGUCAGUCUGUCUGUGACCAUGUGGGUACUCUAGACCAGGGCUGUCCAACCCUAUUCCUGGAGACCUACUGUCCUGUUGGUUUUCAGUCCAACCCUCUUCCUGGAGACCUACUGUCCUGUAGCUUUUCAGUCCAACCCUCUUCCUGGAGACCUACUGUCCUGUAGGUUUU